AUAACGAGACAAUAGAUUUGGUAUAUUCUAUACAACAGUCUAUAAUAGAUAUAUUCAACAAAAUGAUGUCAAAUAUGAAGAAAAGUUUGCUUUUAUUAGUUUUGCUAAUUAUCAUCACAUAUGAUGUCUCUGUUGUUGUUGUUGUUGUUGCGGAUGAAGAGACAACUGUAAAGGAAAACAUUAAUAAUACGAUAGAAAGUGUGGACAUUUGCCAACAGAAGAAUAUUGAGAUCAAUGAAGCCUUUUAUUUGAUUUCAAAUAAACAGUUGAAUAUCUAUCCAAAAGGCGGUCAAUAUUACUAUAGAGUUCAUGGAUUUGAAUACAAUAGAGAAAACUUGUCGUUUAAAUUCAAAUCAAUAGAUAAAGUGAUCGACAAUAAGAAGGAUUGGGAACUUCAGGAGAUGCGACUCAUCUUUAAAAUAGACUAUCCGUUGAAUGAUAAACACCAGUUACGAAUACUAUGGAUGGGUAUGUCAUUGAGAGAUGAGAUCCCAAAUGAACAGAUGGUCGCCUACCUGUAUGACUACAACGGCGAUACCAUUGCAUCGAAAUCCCCAAUUAAUAUCAAUUAUUACAAAUACAAACCCAAUGAUGAGCCGUUAAACAUACAGACAAUGUUGGCAAAGUUUCCGGGAAUCAAUCUUUUCGACCACUUGUUAUCGGUCACGAGUUUUCCGUACUCACCCGAUCUGCCCAAUCGAUUAAUUGUUUACUACAAGGAAACGCCGCCAAAGAGCAAACAAGACAAAUGUGUUGACUGUUAUCGAUCCAAGAGGUUUGUCUUCAUAGAGCGUAUCAUUGAUUACAAUGAUUCUAAAGAAUUUGAUUGGAAUCACGACAACACCGGCGACGAGUCGUGCACUGACCUCACCGGUCGUAUUGUCAACGCAUCGGUGGCACUGACAGACUAUUUGAUUAAUGAAAACAGCUAUCAAUUUGAUUGGAUUGAGUUCUUUGGCAACAAAUUCCAUGUCAACAGAAUGCUUGUCACUAAAGACAAUGGAUUUAAAAUAGUUAACAAACGGAGUGACGAAUAUAUUAUUCAUGAUAUAUUUGGUUGUGAGGGCAGACCACCCACUGAACUAACCACCAAACCCACCACAACUAAGCUCACGACUAAUGAUAAUAAUGGUGUUAACAGUCAUACAAGUUCUGGCAAUAAUUCUAGCGCUGGUCCUGAUUCUGGUUCUGCCAUUAGUCCUAACAAUGCUGUUACUGUAGCUGCUUCUGGAGAUGAACCUCAUCGUAGUGGUAGUCAAAGUAAAAAAGGAGAUAAUAGCAGCAAAUGGCGUACUAUUGUUUUGAUAUGUGCUUUAAUUUAUAGUUUUUUUUAA